UCAAUUAAAAGCUGUUGAUGAUACAUUUUGAGUUUCUGUUGUUAAAGUACACAAAGCUGACCCCACAGCACUGUAGACCACUGUGAUAAACUGAGGCCUGUGUAUAUUUUUURCUUGUUUAUCACUCAGAGGUUAAUUCAAAACUAAACAUUAAAAUUCUUGAGAUUCCUACAAGAUUUAUAGAAACCAAACACUUCUGAUUAAAAAAAACAGGACAGAACACACACAAAAUCAUCCAUCAUCACAUUUAAACAGGGAGMGGAACAGGACCUGUCCAGUUUAGUAAAGAAGACCUGUUCAUAUCGACCAUUACUGAUUUAUGACAGGAAUAAAACACAAGAAUGUUCAAAUUAUUGGCUGAGUUCUUAUUGGCCAGCUGCUGUGACACCUCGGCUUCUUCAGCAGAUAUAAGCAGUGAAGUCUGACAGACUGAAGAUAAGCAGGAGUUUCUGAAGUGAUUUCAGCUCCAGUUUCUGUGACUUCAGUCAGCUCAGAGGAGAUCCCAAACUGACUCUUCACUUCAACAUAACUGUGAUGAUGCUGUUACCAGUCUUCCUCCUCUUGGCUCCUGUGUUAAUCAGCUGUGAAGAAAUCAAUGGGCCAGCUGACUGCAGCGACAUCUACAAGCAAAAUCAGAUUUGGCACAAUGGAGUCUACUCCAUCUAUCCCAUCAGAUCCACAACCCGGUGUGCUGUUGAGGUGUACUGUGACAUGGAAACAGCAGGAGGACGCUGGACGGUCUUCCAGAGGCGGAUGGAUGGCUCGGUGAACUUCUACAGGCCUUAUGAUCAAUACAAAACAGGCUUUGGAAAUGCUGCUGGAGAGUACUGGCUUGGUCUCGAGAACAUCCACCAGCUGACGAGCCGUCAAAACUAUGAGCUGCUGGUCAACGUGGAGGACUUUGAAGGAAAUGCAAAAUUUGCUUUUUACUCUUUAUUUAAAGUUGAUACUGAGUUUGAGGGUUACCGUCUGCAUGUGACUGGAUUCAACAGUAGCGGUGGGGCCGGAGAUUCCCUUUAUCAUCACAAUGGAAGAAAAUUCUCCACCUUCGACAAAGAUCAGGACGACUGGCCGAACAAUUGUGCCAGAUCUUUCCUUGGUGCGUUUUGGUAUGGCAACUGUCACGAUACAAACCCUAACGGGAUUUAUCAGUGGGGGGCUGAUAGAACUCACUACGCUACUGGAGUGACUUGGGACAAGUGGAAGGAUGAGUACUACUCUCUGAAGGGCAUUAGCAUGAAGAUUCGUCCCGUUCAGUAAAGCUGCAGAACGGCACAUUCUAUUUUUCAUUUAUUCAAACAUAAUCUGUCAAAUUAAAACACAAAUUGGAAAUUCACAAUAUGAAUUUCAGUUUGAAUAGAAUCUAUAUAACUGUCUUUUUCUUUGCAAAUUCUGCUACUUUUUGACAAUAAAGGACAAGCAAACAGUUGCUGUAAUUUGA